CCCGGCUCACUGUUUAUCCUGUACAGCCUGGCAACCGGCCGCACGCUCCGGAUUAUCGCAGGACGCCUACUACUAAACACACUUUACUUUCCACUCUGACUUUUUUCAGGGUUUGAUUUUUUUUUUUUUGUUAAAUUGAAGGGAAAAAAAAGUUUUGGGCAGUCGAGGGAAAAGGAGAAGCGUCUUGGAUAUGUGUUUGGAUCUUCUUGUUUUUGAAUAACUUUACUGUUUUCGCUCUAAAUCUUCUGGAGGGUGUGUGUGAGUGUGUGUGUGUGUUUCCGCCGCGAUGGAUCACACACUUUUCAGCUGCCUGCGGAGCCCCCACGCCCCGGCUCAGGCCCUGCACCCCGCCUUCACUCAGUCCCCCCUGACCCUGCACGGACGCUCGGACCACGUCUCCUACCCGGACCUGGCCUCCUCUUCCUCGUCCUCCUCCACCUCCUCUCCCUCGCCCUGCAUCAUCUCCAGCUACCAGGUGGACGACGGCCUGUUUCCCGGGCAACAUCACCACCAUCACCCCCACCCCCACACUCACCGUGGCCACCUGCCCUCCCAGCAGCAUCACAUCCCGCCUCAGCACCACGCGUCCUGGCACAUCCCACAGAUGCCCUCACCUGGGGGGGGCCCGCGCCACAACCUCUGUCACCCGCACUCCCUCUCGUCCCAUGACAACGGGCCCUCACCCUCUGACCUGGGCCACCCCGGUGCACCCAGUAUGUGUGCCAGCACCCCCAGUCUGGGCAGCGGCAGCACCCCUACGGGGGCCUCCUGUGUGCCUGCAGACUUUGGCAGACAGACUCUGUCACCUGCUGAGGCCGAGAAGAGGAACGGCAAGAGGAAGAGUGACAGUUCAGAGUCCCAAGACGGGAAUUACAAGUCAGACGUGAGCAACAAACCCAGGAAGGAGAGGACGGCGUUCACCAAGGAGCAGAUCCGAGAGCUGGAGGCCGAGUUCGCCCACCACAACUACCUAACCCGACUAAGGCGCUACGAGAUCGCCGUCAACCUCGACCUCACUGAAAGACAAGUGAAGGUGUGGUUCCAAAACAGGAGGAUGAAGUGGAAAAGAGUGAAGGGCGGCCAGCAGGGCGGCGGCUCGAGAGAAAGAACUGGUGAAUGUGAAAAAGGGGACGCUGCUGCCGUCGGAGUUUUCCGGCAUCGCAGCGCUCCACCACUCGACGGACUCCUUAGCCAAUGA